CUUGACAUUGACAAUUUUGUUUUUCUUCUAGAAAGAAAAAUACGAAAAAAUAUUUUUUAUUCCUUUUGUGUUACUAUUGUAUAUGGUUAAGUCUAUUUUCAACGCUAAGACAGUUGUAAAAAGCGUUAUCACAUUACUCUUGGCAUUGAUAAUGCCCUCACCUGCAAGUUUGUAAUUUUAAGAAAUCUAGAAGUUCAGUCCAAAAUGAGCAAGCAUAUGUAUUCUACUGCUAACUUGACCGACAAGGAGUUUAAGGAGCAAGGCAAUAGGCUAUUUAGUUUACGAAGGUUCGAAGAUGCUAUGAAUUGCUACACCAAAGCCAUCAUAAAAAACCCAUCGGUGGCCACAUAUUUUACAAAUCGUGCACUAUGCUAUCUGAAAAUGAAACAAUGGGAAGCAACAUGUCAAGACUGUCGGCGUGCUUUAGACAUUGACAACAAUCAAGUCAAAGGGCAUUUCUUUCUUGGUCAAGCUUUAGUAGAACUGGAAUGUUAUGAUGAAGCCAUCAAGCAUUUACAUAGGGCAAGUGACCUAGCACGUGAACAGAAGUUGAACUUUGGUGAUGACAUAGCUGCCCAACUCCGUAUAGCAAGAAAGAGAAGAUGGAAUGUUCAAGAAGAAAAGAGGAUAUCUCAAGAAAUUGAACUGCAAACUUAUCUUAAUAGAUUAAUAAGUGAAGAUAUGCAGCGUAGAAUAGAAGCUUUAAAAUUAGAAAAUGCUAAUGAUGAAGAUGUAAGCUCAAGAGUUUCGAAAAUUGAAGAUGAAUGUAAUAAUUACUCUAGUGAAUUAAAUAACUUGUUUUCAAAAAUGGAUGAAAGAAGAAGGAAGCGAGAUGUGCCUGACUAUCUGUGUGGUAAGAUCAGCUUUGAAAUCUUGAAUGAACCCGUCAUUACACCUAGUGGCAUCACUUAUGAGAAGAAGGAUAUAGAAGAACAUCUUGAGCGCGUUGGCCAUUUCGAUCCUGUGACCCGCGUGAAGUUGACUGCAGACCAACUCAUACCUAACUUCACUAUGAAGGAAGUGGUCGAUGCUUUCUUACAGGAGAACGAAUGGGCUCUGGACUACUAAAAGAAGUAUUUAUUAUUGACAAUAUAGAAAUCACAUAGAACCAAGGUCAAGUUAUAAAUAGAAUCCAG